GUCUCGAAUUUUUGGUACGUUAAAACAUCAUGUCGCUCCUCCCGGCGACUCUCGUAAUCCUAACAACCUUCCACCAUGGGUUAUCAUCCGUGGUACCUUUUGACGACUCUGACGUCGGUUUAAACACUGUCCAAAUGAUCGAAAACCACGGCUAUCCUUGCGAAAGUCAUACAAUAACAACCGAAGAUGGAUACAUUCUAGUGUACCAUAGAAUACCGCACGGAAAAAACGACGAUGGUUCCAUCCAGAAACCGCCAGUACUAUUGAUGCAUGGUACUUUUUCCUCGUCAGCUGAUUACGUCAGUAUGGGACCCGAUCGCAGCUUGGCGUACCUUCUAGCAGACAUUGGUUAUGACGUCUGGAUUGGAAACGCUAGAGGCAACGAAUGGUCGAGAAAUCAUACGACUUUAGACGUUGUGAAGGAUGCUGAGGAGUACUUCGACUUUAGCUGGCACGAAAUAGGGUACUACGAUCUACCAGCUGCCAUAGACCACAUUUUGAGCGUCAAUGGUGGUGAUGGCUUACACUACGUUGGACAUUCUCAAGGUACCACAGUUUUCAUGGUUUUGACCACCACUAGACCAGAGUACAGCGACAAAAUUAAAUUAGCGUCCUUGAUGGGACCACCCGCUGCUAUGACUCACCAAUCAAACCCCAUCAUUUUGGAACUUGCAAAAUAUAUUUUCGAAAUUGAAGCGCUAUUCAAGAAAUAUAAAUUUUAUGAGCUUACGUACGUUAAAGAGAUUAGAGAGUUCGCUGCGUCGUACUGUGCCCAACCAGGGUCAUUCGAAAUUUGUGAAGGUAUAAUUUUUGAAUUUAUUGGGGCUGAUGCCCCCCAGCUGGAUAUAAACAUAGUACCUGUACUUUUUUCGAAUAUGCCCACAAAUUCGGCUUGGAAACAACUGUUUCACUAUUUACAAGAAAUUAAAAGCGGAGAAUUCUGUCAGUACGACCACGGAUCGGAGAAAAACUUAGAAAUAUAUGGAAGUGCAAGACCUCCUGUUUACGAUUUAUCAAAAAUUUCGACACCAGUGGCCGCGUAUUAUGGAAAAAAUGACGUUCUUGUAAAUUAUACGGAUGUGCAAAUAUUUAUCAGCGAUCUACCCACUGUGGCCAAUGAUUACUUAGUCCCGUUUGACUUAUUUAACCACUUUGACUUUAUGUAUGCUACAGAUGUUGUAGAUCUACUGUAUGUAGAACUAAUCAAAGUAAUGCAACAGUACUAAAAUUAGCAAUUAAUUAAAAGAGUAAAUUAAAAGUAAUGU